CUGCACCCUUUUGAACAUUAUUGCUGCAGACGCUGCUUCCAGCCCUCUCGUAUCUACCCCAAAAUGAACCAGGCUUAUCCUGAAGCAAACGUCCACACCUUUCUCCCCUUGCCUCCAAGAUCACUGACAGCUCCACCUCCGCCGUAUCAUCUUCCCACGCUCAUCGGGACUUACUCCCAUCUAUCAGACAGGACAAUAGUACAUGAUGACACUUCCAUGCCUUACUACCGAAAGGCUCCUGUUGGCUGUGACCUGAAUUACGGGUUCGAGAGGCGGAUAGAGAGGGAUGAGGAUUUGGAAGAACACUUGGACGGGCUGUGCGAGAGCUUGAUGGAGAUCGAACAGCGGAAUGGGAGGCCUGCUCUACGACAGGGGUCCUUCAUCACUUGGAGAGGGAUGAUAACGAGAAUUAUGACGGCCCCUUUCGAGGAAAGAGAUGGAUGGGAAAUGACAGCGAUACCCUUGGGAGGCUCAAUCUAUGUUGAAUUACAUGACCCUCCAGAUGUCAGGCAAAGGAGACGGAAGGAACAGAGCUCGUGGGCAUGGCAGAGCUAUAUGGGCUAUUCGUUUGAGUCCUUCUCCACUUUCCCUCCGGCUGGCGAAGCUCAGUCUCCAGACUGGCCACAAGGUUGGUCCGGAGAUGUCAAUCAAAAUAUCCAAUGGUGCAAUAUAGUCAGGUCUGCGAUCGGAGAUAUCCCCUUAUGCCUCGGUGGGGAGGUCGAUUGUGUCAACGUACCACCAGGAUCGCCUCAUCCAGGUCUGUUAGGCUGCAUGGAGCUCAAAACGAACAAGGUCAUUGAAAACCAAAAGCAAGACAUAAUCUUCAACAAAAAGCUACUCAAGCAUUGGGCCCAGUCUUUCCUCCUUGGUGUUCCCACUGUCGAGGUUGGAUUCCGGGACGAUGACGGGAUCUUGAGAUCUCAAACUUCGUUUGAGACGGUCAAGAUUCCCCGAUUAGUCGCAGCAAUACCACAGCCUCCUUGGAGCCCGGCGCCCUGCUUUCACUUCCUACACGCCGUGUUGAAUCUCGUGCUGACACAUGUCUUGCCGACGGAUCCUACGCCAAAACGGCCACUUCAGGAGCACGAACCCCUGCCCGACGCCAUGGUGUGGAGGUUCAGCUUUGUGCCCAGAAGAGGUUGCGAGCUGUACAAAGUUGGUACGGUCAAGACUGCCCACGGCCGAUGGGGAGGCGUGCUAAAGGAGGAUUUUGUCCGCUGGCGCAUGACACGGUCGUAAUCUCGCACGAUGGGUCAGACUCGUGCAUGUCUUCCGGGCGACUCCGUCUAGAUCAGUGACUGCCCCCCAUGCUGAAACGGAGACAAACAGCAGCGAGCGCCGACCUUGUCAAUUCACUGCCGGUGUCGCAUCCUUUGAGCUUCAGGAGAUCCAACGCGUGUCAGAUUCAAGCAG